AUGGAAGCUUCUGUUCGACACCUGCGCGACGGCGCUCUUCCAGACGCUGCAGUCUGCGCAACCUGCUGCGUGCUCGACAACCUUAGCAUCAUCGGCGGGACCCUUGUACUGAGGCAUGCCGUCCAAUUGUUCAUUGCGGCCAUGCGGCAAGGCCGGAGCCAGGCGACCAGCCUCCGGCUUGUCGAUCUCACAGGCGCCUUUGCUGAUGUAGCGACAUCCACGACAUCCAUCCGUCGGAUUGGAGCCCACCCGGACGCCAGACCCACGCCUGAACGCGGCGUCGAGCUCAUAGACCUGUUUUCCGAUCCCUGGGGCUGGCGACAACUCGCAACAACAUCACCCAGCUCAGAUCAACCAGCAGAGUCGGGCACGAGCGUACCGGCAGGUACGGUUUUUAAACCGGCACCUCAAAGCCUCGCUGUAGGCCUAUCAGCCCUGCAGGAAGAACUCCUGCGGCCACCGCAGCUGCAGUCGCAUCCGUCUUCGCAAUAUGAGAAAACAGGAGGUGCUCCGGCGUCACCGCCCGAUAGCAAGGACGGUAAUGACGCCGGUGCUGCAUCUGCUACAGCCACUGCAGCCACUGCAGGCGGACUCCGCUCGGUGUGUAUCGUGAUCAGCUGCUUCAGCACGCUGAUGGAGCGGUACGGCGAUUGGCAGGCGCUGGCGCUGCUGGAGGCGGUCCAGCGCUCUCCUGUCGUGUCGUGCGUGCUGACGUCACUACACACGGAUCUGCACCCCGCGCAGCUGGUCUUUGCCCUCCGACGAUUCAGCAGCUGCUGGGUGGUGAUGGUGGUGGUGGUGGGGAUGGAGGCGGGGGAGGCGGCGGAGGAGGCGGUGUGCUGGCGCUUGCGGGUCGGCUGGACUGUCGUACGAAGCGGCGAACGGCUUGCUUGCUCUCUGUUUUGCAUGUGCCCCUGGCCCGCCGCUGGUGCCGCCUGGUCAGGCCCCGCGGCGGGUGGUGGCGGACAGCAGGCGUUGGGGCACAUUCUGUACAUACGGGACUCGGCCAGUGAGGCGGAUUCCGACCAGGAGCUUGAUGAGGACUUAGAUAUAUGA